AUGUCAAGUGUUAAUGUAUUGAGAUAUAGUGCUCUAGCCCUUGGUUUAGUUGUCGGAUUGAGGACCGAUAUGAACUUGCGUUGCUCAGCUAAGAAACAAGCUGAAGAAGAUACAUACCAAAAACAGGUUGCAUUAGUUAAAGAAGCAAAGGCUGAAUGGAAUAAAUUACAUCCAAAGAAGGUAGUAGAAAGUAAAGAGAUUAACUUGGAGGAUCCAAACCUCGACUACGCAGCUGUUAUAUUGAAUGCAGUCGAAUCAUUAAAAUCCACCUAA